CUCUGAACUAACAGAAACGAACAAUAGAGAAACAAAUAUUCUUUCCUCUUUUUAAUGCUUAAAAGAUCCUGACCGUUGAUUUUUGGCUUUAUGGGUGGAUGGGGCGGCAUUAACUACGUGGUCCUUGAACUAUCGCUAUACGUCCAACACGCGGAAUAGUGUGUGUGAGUGUUAUUCUCCUUCUCCUUCUUCUUCUUCUUCUUCUCCAGAAAAAACAAAACUUUUUUCUUUUCUCUCUCAACUUGCAGAAGAAGCGAUUUACACAAGGUUUUGUGAUUCUUCUCACUUAUAUAUAAUCUUCUGUAUGCUUGGAAUUGGUAUCAAAAUCGAUUCUUUUAAUCUGUCAUUGAAGGAACUGGGUUUAUACAUUUAUCUCUCAAGUCAUAGAAUCUGCAUUUGUCCCAAGUUAAGAAGAGAAUCUUGUACUGCUCCUUAUCUAUGUUUUGCUCUCUUUACCAAUUGUUUCAAUGUUAUGAACAAAACCCAUAUCUCUAAAUAGCAACAAUAGUGAUUUCAUUUAAUAAUGGAUUUUGCCUCUGUACCUAUUUAUAUAGUAACCAUGGAGCGGCUGAUUUCUCAUCCUCCUCUCAUGAUCGUCUCAGACCUUGAUCACACCAUGGUUGAUCAUCAAGAUCAUGAGAACCUCUCUCUUCUCAGGUUCAAUUCAUUGUGGGAAUACGCUUAUCGCCGUGACUCUCUUCUUGUCUUCUCUACAGCAAGAUCACCUGUUCUUUAUAAAGAAUUGAGAAAAGAGAAACCUUUGUUGACUCCUGAUAUCAUUAUUACAUCAAUAGGAACUGAGAUAGCAUUUGGUAACUCCAUGGUUCCUGAUCAUGCUUGGGUUGAAUCCUUGAACAGCUGUAAAUGGAACCGGGAAAUAGUCUUGGAAGAAACUAGCAAGUUCCCUGAGUUAACUCUUCAGCCAAAAACUGAGCAGAGGCUACACAAGGUCAGCUUUUACAUUGAUGAAGGUAAAGGUGAGGCAUUGACCAAGGAACUAUCACAAUUGCUGGAGAAACGUGGCUUGGAUGUCAAGAUAAUUUACAGUUGGGGAAAGAAUGUCGAUGUUAUACCGCGUGGUGCAGGAAAAGGAGAAGCGCUUGAGUAUCUUCUCAAGAAGCUGCAGGCUGAAGGAAUAUUCCCGGUCAAUACUCUUGCUUGUGGUGACUCUGAACAUGAUGCUGAACUAUUUAGCAUUCCUGAUGUUCACGGUGUUAUGGUGAGCAAUUCCCAAGAAGAGCUAUUGAAGUGGCGUUCUGAAAAUGCGUUGAACAACCUUAAGGUUAUACAUUCAACCGAGAGGUGUGCUGAUGGGAUUAUUCAAGCCAUCGGACAUUUUAAUCUUGGUCCCGAUCUAUCUCCAAGAGAUGUUUCGGAAUUCUUGGAUCGUAAGAUGGACAAUGUGAAUCCUGGUCACGAGGUUGUGAGAUUCUACUUGUUCUACGAGAGAUUGAGACGCGGUGAGAUCAAGAACUAUGAGACAUACAUAGCCAGCUUCAAAGAUUCAUGUCUCCAUGCUGCUGUCCUUUUUCAUCCAUCAGGUGCAGAAAAAUCUCUGAGAGACACCAUUGAUGAGCUGAAGAAGUGUUAUGGUGACAAAAGAGGGAAGAAGUUUUGGGUUUGGGUAGAUCAGGUUCUGGUAACAGACACCAUUCCUGGCAAAUGGAUAGUGAAGUUUGAUAAGUGGGAGCAAUGCGAGGAUGAAAGCCAAUGCUGCAAAACGACUGUCGAAUUUACUUCAAAGGGAGGAGAUUUGGUGUGGGAGAAGGUGAAGCAGAUAUGGUCAGAGGAAUCAAAGGUGAAAGAUGAUAACAGUUCUUGGAUUCUCUGA